AUGGACUUUUCCAGUAGCCAGUUUUACUCUGGUUCUUUGGUCAAGUGCUGCCUUGAUGUCGAGGGCCAUUACUGUGUUAUUGUCAACUCAAAUCUGGAGUUCAGUUCUGAGGAUGUUUACACGGAGAAAAAUUCCUUGAGGAGUUUCAGCAAUUCGGUGCUCGAGAGGCAAAUCAGCCAUGGUUCCUGCUCUCAACCUGUCCGCUUUCCAACUGGAGCCAGAACAUAUCUGUGUGGAUAUCGUAAUCUGGCUCAGAUGUGCUAUCUCACCAUGAAAGUCAGCGAUGAGAAAACUGUGUUUCCAUGUGGGCAACUUCGAAGUACAGCCACUCCACGACCAGAGUAUGAAGGCAGCUUGUGGCACUUCGGAGUGCUAGAGUUUACCUCGACAGUGCUGACACCCCCUUUUCUGCAAUCCUUUCAGAUCUCUGUGCUUCUCCAGUCUGCUGUCUUGUGCAUCUGUAAUCUUAAUUACAGCACCAUGGGUAGCUGUACCUUCAGUUGCCUCACUGUUGAGCUUGAUUUCAGAAUAAUUGUGAUUUGUGAUGUAGAUUUACCAGUCGAGGCCACUGAUGAUGCAUUCUGGGAUCAGUUCUGGGCUGACACGGCUACAUCCAUCCAGGACGUGUUCACCUUGGUGCCAGCAGCUGAGAUCCGAGCAGUCAGGGAGGAGUCACCCUCUAAUUUAGCCACCUUGUGCUAUAAGGCAGUUGAGAAGUUAGUCCAAGGUGCUGAGUCGGGCUGUGCGAGUGACAAGGAGAAGCAGAUUAUUAUUAACUGCACUCAGCUCCUGACCCGCAUCCUGCCUUACAUCUUUGAGGACCCAGACUGGAGAGGCUUCUUUUGGUCAACAGUUCCAGGAGCAGGCCGUGCUGGGGCUGAGGAAGGAGAUGAUGAGAAUGCCCGGCCUCUCGCUGAAUCCCUCUUACUGGCCAUCGCUGACCUUCUCUUCUGCCCUGACUUCACCGUCCAGAGUCACAGGAAGUCUGGGCCGGAGACUGCUGAGGACCUUCAUUGUAUUGACAGCUGUGAGUACAUCUGGGAGGCUGGGGUGGGAUUUGCCCAUUCUCCACCUCACAGCUACAUCCACGACCUGAACAGGACAGAGCUCCUGAAGCUGCUGCUGACUUGUUUCUCCGAGGCUGUGUAUCUCCCACCCACCGCCGAGGGAAACAUUCUUAAUCCCUGGGUCCAGUUCUUCUGCUCAACAGAGAACAGGCAUGCACUGCCGCUGUUUACGUCACUGUUGAACAUUGUGUGUGCAUAUGACCCUGUGGGAUAUGGUAUUCCGUACAACCACCUGCUGUUUUCUGACUACCGGGAGCCCCUGGUGGAGGUGGCUGCCCAGGUCCUCAUCGCUACCCUGGACCAUGAUGCCUCCACCAGCCUGAGCCCAUCUGUGGAUGGGACCACAACAAGCACGGCCAUGGAUGAUGCAGAGCCUCCUGGCCCAGAGAAUCUGUUUGUCAACUACUUGUCUAGAAUACAUAGGGAGGAGGAUUUCCAGUUCAUUCUGAAAGGUCUGGCUCGUUUGUUAAACAACCCAUUGCUUCAGACGUACCUACCCAACUCAACCAAGAAAAUUCAGUUCCAUCAGGAGCUGCUGGUUCUCUUCUGGAAACUCUGUGAUUUCAACAAGAAAUUCCUUUUCUAUGCCUUGAAGAGCAGUGACGUCCUGGACGUCUUGGUGCCCAUCCUGUACUAUCUGAAUGACGCCCGAGCAGACCAAUCUCGAGUGGGAUUGAUGCACAUUGGGGUCUUUAUCCUCCUGCUUCUCAGUGGAGAGCGCAACUUUGGUGUCCGACUGAACAAACCGUACUCGGUCCGUGUGCCUAUGGACAUCCCAGUGUUCACUGGAACCCACGCUGAUCUCCUUAUCAUAGUGUUUCACAAGAUUAUUACCAGUGGGCACCAACGACUCCAGCCGCUGUUCGACUGUCUGCUGACAAUUGUUGUCAAUGUCUCUCCCUAUCUGAAGAGCUUGUCAAUGGUUGCUGCAAACAAGUUACUGCACUUACUGGAAGCCUUCUCGACAACAUGGUUCCUAUUCACAGCAUCCCAGAAUCACCAUUUAGUCUUCUUCCUCCUUGAGGUCUUCAAUAAUAUCAUCCAGUACCAGUUUGAUGGGAAUUCAAACUUGGUGUACGCCAUUAUUCGGAAACGCAAUGUAUUCCACCAACUGGCCAAUCUCCCGACAGAUCCAGCUGCCAUCCAGAAAGCCCUGCAAAAGAAGAAGAAAUCGACUGAGCCCAUUUCACGGACCAACUCACAGGAAGGAGUGUCCAUGGAAGGAUCCCGGCCUGCUGCUCCAGCAGAGCCUGGCACAUUGAAGACCAGUCUCAUCGCGACACCAGGAAUAGAUAAGCUGACGGAGAAAUCACAGGUCUCGGAGGAUGGAACGCUGAGCCGUGUGGAUCAAGGUCAGGGUCAGACUCCCAGCCCUGCUGGGAACUGCCCAGCGCCAUUAGCAAGUGACACUGAGUCUUCAAGUGCGGAGGUGAUUCCACGAAACCCAGAAAGGAGGAGGAAACCAUCCAGUCUCUCAUCAGCAAAUCAGUGGGCUCCGAGCCCCGACUGGGUGAGUGGCCGCCAGGCUCUGGGCCCUGACUGGGUGAGCGGCCAGCGGGCUCCGGGCCCUGACUGGGUGAUAUCAUGGAAAUCAAAACUGCCCCUCCAAACAAUCAUGCGCCUGUUACAGGUUCUGGUCCCACAAGUGGAGAAGAUCUGCAUUGACAAAGGUUUGACUGAUGAGUCAGAGAUCCUGAAGUUUCUGCAGCACGGCACCCUGGUGGGAUUGCUCCCUGUGCCUCAUCCCAUCCUUAUUCGCAAGUAUCAAGCCAACUCUGGCACUGCCAUGUGGUUCCGCACGUACAUGUGGGGUGUCAUUUACCUGAGAAAUGUUGACCCACCCAUCUGGUACGAUACCGAUGUGAAGCUUUUCGAAAUUCAGCGGGUUUGAGGAGCCACGCAGGAAUGGAGGACUCUCUGGCCAAAUUGCUUUUCACUUUAAUUCUCAGUCUGUCAGCUGGUUUCUGCACCUCUUCAUCUAAAUCGAUAUAAGACACCCUUUCACAUCUUCUGUGUACCCCUGUUAGGAUUGUGGGCAGACCCCUUCCUUACUGAGCCAGAAACUCUCAAAUUCUCCCCUGUUGCUGAUUAAUGGUCAGUGCUAACCUGACCAGAUAGUCCUGUCCCCACGCUGCUCUGUCUUCAGGGUUUCAGUCUGGGACACAAUAUGCAAUUCCUUUACUGAACGAUAGUAACAGUCCAUGACUCUUGGUUAAUAAAGCAGCACCUAUGCUAACUCAGUCUGGGAGCAGCACCAACUAUUGUGCCUGAUUCCCUGAGUGACGGUUAUGGAAAACUCCACCCUACCCCUGCCCUCCAGUCUCCCUUCCCCCUGACCCCUGCCCUGCUGUGCCACUCCCCUGACCCCUGUCCUGUACUGACGUGCCCCUGGUCCCUGCAAUCGAGUGACCGUUCCACUCCCUAUCACCGGAACUAGAAGUAUCGCCGAGAGUGAGAAAAAGGGAGUUGCAGUGAUUCUUUCGAUAGUCAAACAUCUGUUGACGUGGUGGGACGUACAUUCUGGUGAUAGCAGUGGGCCUGUGUGUCUGGAGUUGUUACUUUAACGGAGGGCAUGAACCAUUUCAAACAGACCGGUCAGCUGUCUGCCUGCCCAUGCUCACCGGACUAUCUUUGGCCAUUGAAUGGUCACCAGGGCGAGGUCAGUGUGGAAUGUGGUAACAUGGCAAUGUGGCCUGCACAGGGCUGAUGUGUGAAGGAGAGUUAGUGUGGGAGUGAGCCCUGCAUGGGGGUGCUGUGUGUGGGAGUGAGCCCUGCACGGGGGUGGUGUGUGAGGGAGAGAGUUAGUGUGGGAGUGUAUAUCCAGCAGAGGAAUAGUUUCUGAGGAAGGUGCAAGUAUGAAUAGAAAAGCAAUCUCAUGUAGUGUUCAGGCCAGAUCAUAAUGUUAGUGUUGAUCGCAGUCUGUCCUCCUUUUUCUUCAUUGCAAUGCGUAAAUUCCUCAGACACCUUACUCCUCUCACUGGCAGCUCUGUCAUUGAACACGUAUUGUGUAAACCACGUAUUUAACUGGAUGAGUUUGCCACAGCUAUAUUCAUGUUACAGUUGCAUUAUUUUUGUUCACAGAAUGAAUGUCUCCAUUUAUACCACUGGUUGAUGCAGAUGUUAAGUAUGGUGUGUUUACUACUGAAGUUCGGUAAACUGUUUGUUCUGCAGGCUAUCACUGGGUUGCUCCAGUUCAAUGGUGAUAUAGGAAUAUCAAAAUGCACCCUGUGCACUUUUACACCGUGAGAUCCUGAAUAGAUCUCGUCAGACUGCACUCACUUGUCCACACUGUACCUCCCAUGAGCCUUACUGCAGUUCCCAGCCCUGAUUGUACCCAGCAGUCUUUCUGUCUGUCUGCCAUCUCUGACCCCUGUUCCUUCUCUCUCACACCCCUCACUGUGCAUCAUAUCUUCCAGCUAUUACAAGCCUGAAUCAGGGAGGAUACCUUUCAUUCUGUCUGACUGAUAAAGCAUUCAAUUGUACAUUACUGCAUGUUCUAAUCUCUCCAAAGUUGAUUGAUUACAUUCACCAAUGUUAUGUAGUAAACAAACAAAACAUGUUGGGUAUUUUAGCAGCUCGAGUGGACAUUAAUCAUUGAAUGAUUCUUCAAUUAAAGGAAACCAAUCAGCCUCUUUGAAAGAGGCAAACCAGUCAUUAUCGCUCUGACCCUGUCACUUUGCAAAUUUCUUCUUUGCAAUGUCCUUUAGAAAUCAUUUUUGAAAUGUUGUCAUUAACUUUCCAGGCAGCAGCUCUAUCAUCACAGUAUGGUUCAUCUCCACUUGAGUUUUUAUUGUGUAAAUGAUCUUAAUAAUUAGUACAGAUAUUUAAUAUAAUUUGUUUACUGAGAUCCUAGUGAUGGUUCUGCUUUUUGUUGUUAUAUACUGUCAGUCUGUGUACAAACCUCAAACACUAACUGUAAUGUUUAAACAAACACUGAGACCUUUAGGAAGCUAAUUAUUAAAGACCCAGAAAAGGUUGUGUUCUGCCCUUGAAUGUACCCCAUAUUGAUGGUUUCUGCUCCCAUCUCAUUUGCGAACUCUUCCACAGGUGCUAAGGCUUGUCAGAAGUCGAUAGCCUUAAAUACAUUGACCUGGGAUUUGCUGUGUGGUGGCUCAGGGUGAAAACAUUGCUUGGUGCAUCUGUAUCUGAAGUUUCAUUCUCACGGCCUGUGCUGUUAACUGAUAGUAAUGGGGGCAGUGAUCCUAACUUAGGAAGUGGUGCUUGCCACUGGGCCAAGUGCCGUGUACUGGGAAGGUUAAUCCCAGCAACAGCUAAACUGUACCAACCCUGGCAUUGUGUAGAAUGAGCAUUACUCUCUAACCCUGUGCUGAUCCUGUUUUGGGAGCAUUUUGUCGGGAUAGUAUAGAGGAAGCUUUACUCUGUAUAUCCAACCCCCUGCUGUUGCUAUCCUGGGAAUAUUUGGGGAGCAUGGAGGAAGAGCUUUACUCUGUAUCUAAUCUUGUGAUGUUCCUGUCCUGGGAGUGUUUGGGGACUGUGUAGAGGAAGCUUCACUCUAUAUCUAACACCAUGUUGUCCCUGUCCUGGGGCUGUUUGAUGGGGAUGGUGAAGGGGGACCUUUACUCUGUAUCUAACUCCACACUGUACAUGUCCUAGGAGUGAUUGAUACUGUGACUGGGUGCCAGGAAUGGGUAAGCAAUACCAUUCCUCACAUAAUGAGCAGAAAUGUUGAAUGUUUUGGAAAUGUUAUUACCUGGGGACAGUUAGUGCUCUGUUUCCUGCAUUGUCCGGGUGUGUUUGCCGUCACUGCCCUGCGUUAUAUGGGUUGUUUCCUGAUGCAAUCCCUGAUAUUAACACACAUGUAAUAGCACUUUAGAAAGUACUUGGUUGUUGGAACAGAGGAAUGUUAAAGGGGAAGGAUUCUCUGUGAGUAACCUACUUUCCAAGUACUUAUCUGUAGAAUUACUUUUCCCCUCAAGGAACCAGUAUCUAUCAAUCUGUCUAGUUUUAUUUGUCAAGUUACACUAUUAUUAUUUAUAUUGUCUCUGAAGUGAUGUAUUUGUACUCUUUAUGUGUACUGUUUUCACACUGUUCUCAUUAUUUAAAAAAAAAUAAAUUCUU